AUGGACGCGAAACGCGAUGCACUGGGCCUGACAAAACCUCGACAUCUCGUGAUAUCAGGAGAGCGCCCCCCGGGACCUGGAGAGUCGGUCGCUCUACCGUUCUUCAAAAUAGACAGUGUGCUGGCUCUACAUAUGGGCUUGAGGGAGGAUUUCGAUGGUCUUAUCGUUCAGCUGCUUGCGUGCUGUCCACGUCUGCGGGCGUUGAAGCUCAGUGGUCCGUUCGAAGGCACCGGUCUUUCGGCGCUGUCGCGUGUAUUGAUGGCAGUGGCAACUUCGCCGAACGUGGAGUACCUUUCCCUUCCUUCCAUCAACUUCAAAAGCGAAGACCUGCGUUUGAUAGACGCCACGGUUGCAUCUUUGUCGGCUCAUCUGCGGAUACAUUGUCCAAUGCUGUGUUAUGUUUGCGUUCAGCUUACAGAGAUUGACGUGCCGGUCCAUUUUGCACAACACAGGCUUCUACGAUUUGAUCAUUUUCGGGUCUACGAGACAACCGAAUAG